CGGCCAACCGCGCUGCCCGCAGCAGGGUGUUUACUACAGAGGUGAGCUACGCUCCCCAGCCUCCAAUUUCAGCAGACCUGCGACAGCAUCUUGCGACACAUCCUCUCCUGUUCUAGACACUCGCGGAAAGGUCCUUGCUGUCAACGAGAACGAAUCCCACACGCCAUCCAUCCGCAUCAACGGCCAGCACUUGGGCAUUCCCACGCGAACUGCCUUCUCGCCCGCCCACCCAGCGCGCAUUCCUGCCAUGGUCUCACCCGCCUAAAUGUCAUCGGACUCAAGAUCCCGCCGACGGGGCGUCUGGACCCAUUGGGUCCCGCUCGUCGCGACUGUCACAAUCGCGACCGUCGGUCUCGCCGCCUGGGCCUGGAGUCAGCGCAAUGAAGAUGAUGAAGAGGAAGAGCACGCAGCCAAUGCUGCCGACUUUGACUACAACACUGCCGACUAUGGCGACAACCCGGCCUAUGGCGCAAACCGAGAGAAGGCUGCUGCAGGUGCGCGCGCUGCAACCCGAGACGGUAACCCGACGUAUGGGGUGACUGAAGCCCACGCCGAGUCCGCUGCUGUUGCUACCGGAUGGGGUGCGCAGAUGUCGGGCGCCCUCCGCCGUACCCCAAGCCCGCAACAAUUCCUGUCCAAUGCCAGCAGGACAGUCGCGGCUGGUAUGGCGGGUGUGGGCGCAGCCGUCGGAAGCGCCCUUGCCUCUAUCAGAGAGGACGACAAGAACGCAUAUGCGGACCACGAGACGUGGUCGGAGGAGGUGGAGAACCAGAAGACCAAGUCUUCCACCUCCAAGGAUCCAAGCAAGCGUCGCAAGACAGUCGCAAUCAUUGUUUCUGCCGAUGCCAACCUGGAUGACCUCGACACGGAUGGCUUCCACGAGCAUGCCUCGGUGCUCUCUCACAUUCCCACAAACACAGACUUUACAAAGAUCAAGCUUUUCGUAUUGAUCUACUCGCCGAGUCUGAAGGAGAACGAGCUUUCUGGUCCGGCAGGCACCCUCCCCCCGCCCUCACUGAGCUCGUCUUUCUCCAACAUUGGCGCCGACCAGGUCAAGACCCCUGCGAGCGAGGGCAAGAGCCCACUCCUCUCUUCCACAAACGUCGAUCCUUCAUUCAAUGCUGUCUACGCACAAGCUUUGGCACUCGUUGAGAAGGAGUCGAUGGUACUGCCUUUCACCACAGCGAAUGGCUAUACUCACAUCCUCCGGCACCUCCAGCCAUCGGUAGUCUACCUCCAGGAAUCUCUUUCUGGGCCCGACGGCGGCCUGAUUACGCAGUUGCAGACGUGGCUCAGACAUGAUGUGAUUCUGGUAGUAGGCGCUGAUGGUGGUCACGGCGGGCUUGCGGACAGUGAAUCGGAGGCAGAACGCCCCGAGAAGAAGAAGAAAGAAGUGUGGUGGCACCGCGAGGAUAGGGUUGGACGCGGUCGUGGUGUGGUGGUAGUGGACAGCCUGCGCGUCGGCGACGACUGGGCUCGCCGGGUCCAGGGCAAGGAAUAGGCAGGACGCGGAAUGAUGAAUGCUUGUAGCAGGCGCAGGGGCAAUCUUGGGCGGGUUCGUAGUGAUGACUGCUUUGGUAUAUAGCGUACGUACAUAGGCCCCUUGUUUAUAGGCAGUGCCUCAAUGCAACAUGGUCUUGUUGCCUGUCUUCCGAUACUCAAUGUCUUCAGGCCGUGUCUUGUUCAGCGAGCGUAUCAUGCGAUGCACAUCAGGGACCAUCUAGAGUGGGAAUGUUUCAUCAAGUAAAGGGCGAUUGAGCACAUCUCCAAUGGCACAGGGCUCUAUGCAGGCUCGAAAGACCUGUCGUGAUUCCCACGAAGCAUUGCUAAGCAGAAGGUUUGAAAGCCAUCGUCGACCUUCUCCUCCAACAUGUGGAUGCA